CCCCUUCUCCCUUUUUCAGGGUCCUGCGCCUGCAGCCGGAUGCCAGAUGAGUAAGUGGGAGGGAUCACUGAUAGUGCUGGUGUCCAUUGGGAUCUGGACCUUCAGGGAACAGGACGGAGCCACCAUAACCCAGAGGAUCGACUGAGCAGCUCCCUGCAGAUCAGGCCCCACAGGACUCUGCAGAGAAACAGGAGCUGCACACCCCUGAAAGCCACUGCAGCUGAGACUGGGACAGAGAAUUGGAGCAACCGACACCUUGCACCGGCGGUUGAUAGGCAUCCUUGGAGGACCUUGGGUGCCACAGUGCGGGUUUACUGACCCCGCACAAGGCUUCCUGGGCACCCUCCCCUGGCCGAGGGCUGAGGCCAAGUGGGUGUACCCAGGUGGGCACCACUCUUGCAUGGAAACCCGGCCAUGCAAUGCUCAUGACUUCUCUCUGGUGACAAGGUUGGGAGAGUGUCCCCUCUGUGGGGCACAAGGGUCUGCCUCAGGGUCUGCUCAUGAGCCACAAAGACCCCGGCUGCUCCGGACUGGACCGUUCGAAACCGCCAAAGAGGGGGCCUCACAGAGCUGGCAGUCAGCAGCUCCGAGGGACUAGAAGGCUGGAGUGGACUGAGUCCUUGCUCGCCAGCAGGACAGGAGGCGCAGAGCACCUGUGGCCCAGCUAGUGACCAAGACACUCGGUGAAGCCAUAGCCAGGAUAUCUGCAGGUGGCUCAGACCUGGAGGCCCGCUGCUGCUAAGCGUGUGUCCUCCUGAAGGGGCUGUGGAGAGCGUGGUGUGGGGGGUCCCCUCUGCUGUCCCCUUAUGCCCUGUGCGUGGGGAACCAGAGCAGGCAGGCUUCUCUGGGGCCUUGGUGGCCCCCCGCGGCCCCCUGGCGAAGCACACCAUGAAGUGCUCCUUGCGGGUGUGGUUCCUGUCUGUGGCCUUCCUGCUGGUCUUCAUCCUGUCCCUGCUCUUCACCUACUCGCACCACAGCAUGGCCGCACUGCCCUACCUGGACUCCGGGGCACUGGGCGGCACCCAUCGAGUGAAAUUGCUGCCUGGCUACGCUGGCCUGCAGCGCCUCAGCAAGGAGGGCCCGGCCAGCAAGGGCUGUGCCUGCCUCCGCUGCCUGGGUGACAGCGGUGCCUCUGACUGGUUUGACAGCCGCUUUGAUGGUAGCCUGUCCCCUGUGUGGACCCAGGAGAACAUGGACUUGUCCCCGGAUGUCCAGAGGUGGUGGAUGAUGUUGCAGCCCCAGUUCAAGUCACACAACACCAGGGAGGUACUGGAGAAGCUGUUCCAGGUGGUUCCUGGCGAGAACCCCUAUCACUUCCGGGACCCCCAGCAAUGCCGCCGCUGUGCUGUGGUGGGGAACUCGGGCAACCUGCGGGGUUCUGGCUAUGGGCCCGAUGUGGAUGGACACAACUUCAUCAUGAGGAUGAAUCAGGCCCCCACUGUGGGGUUUGAACAGGAUGUUGGCAGCAGAACCACCCACCACUUUAUGUACCCCGAGAGUGCCAGGAACCUGCCUGCCAAUGUCAGCUUCGUAUUGGUGCCCUUCAAGGCCCUGGACCUGCUGUGGAUUGCCAGUGCAUUGUCCACAGGGCAGAUCCGAUUCACCUAUGCUCCGGUGAAGUCCUUCCUCCGAGUGGACAAAGAAAAGGUUCAGAUCUACAACCCGGCCUUCUUCAAGUACAUCCAUGACCACUGGACAGAGCAUCAUGGGCGCUACCCUUCCACGGGCAUGUUGGUGCUCUUCUUCGCUUUGCAUGUGUGUGAUGAGGUGAACGUGUACGGGUUCGGGGCCGACAGCCGAGGCAACUGGCACCACUACUGGGAGAACAACCGGUACGCGGGCGAGUUCCGGAAGACGGGCGUGCACGACGCGGACUUCGAGGCCCACAUCAUCGACAUGCUGGUCCAGGCCCGCAAGAUCGAGGUCUACCAAGGCCACUGAAGCCGGCCUCGCCGCCACCCUGCCUGCCCAGCCCCAGCAGCGAUGCGAUGCCAUGCGAUUCCACGAUGCGAUGCUCUGCGCGGCCCUGUGACCGCUGGCUCCAGACCGGGACACGAGCGCCAGGGCCGCAGCCUAGGCCCCGGGAAUGAGCUCACGCUCGGAGCCGCGCCAGGGCAGGCACGGUCUGGACCGAUCAUGCUGCAGCCCAGCUAAACGCCGCUGUCCCCCAGCCAAUCAUGAGACUCGAAAGCCGGCCCGAGGGUCCCGGUACCGCCAAUCAGCGCUUUUAGUGGGCGAACUUCCGGCCACCGGGCUGCGUCUCCUCCAAUCAACGGCCUUUGAGGGCGGGCCACGCUCUAGCCCCACUUCCCUAUGCUUCCGGGUAGGAGUAUUUUAUUCCUUGCUUGUGAUGGAGCCAAGGCCCCAAUGACAGUACUGUAGGGCUGGGCAUGGGGGACCUCCGUCGGGGCGCCGAAGAGAUAAUUGGAGGUGAAGAAUCAGGACUGCGGCUGGAUUUCCCCUUCUCCAAAGGGUCCUCAGGGCCUGGGGUGCAUCGAGGGGAUCUUGCUGGAUGGAGGUUUGGGGGGUGGGACAGGAGGUUUCCUGGGAGCACGCUUUCGCCUCCAGGGAAAAGCCAGAGUCUUUCCAAACCUCUGCAGGUCUCCAGAAGUACUAGAUUCCCCACCCUUCCUUUUCCUCUUCUGGUCAGGCCCUAACUAAAUGGGCGAGGAUGAGCCCACCAAAGAAAUACAGUGAGAAAUCAGGGCGCUGGGGUCCCCUUGUGCUGCGCCACUCCCGCCUCGGGCCACCCUAUGGAAUGGCCUUUCUGAUCAGGGCAUUUAGUGCCUCACUGGGAAUACAGAAUUCUCCUAAACUUGCAAAUAGGUGUAAGGAGCAGGGCCAGGGGGCCUGGAAGCCCCUAGCGUCAAAUGUCAGGUGCUUCCCAUUCAAGGGAACCCUCAGCCUACUGGUCAUGCCCUUUAUGCCCAUUUUUAGCAUCUCUCCUUCGGCCCUGGGCCUCCUCACCAGCCUACACUUGUUGCUCUGGAAAAGAAAAAAAAAAUCCAAACUUGCCCUAGGUGAUCCUAGGGCUCUGCUGCUUCCUAUCUCUUUCCUUUCUCUUAUCUCCUCUCUCACACGCUUACACACACCUGAUGCUGGCUCUAGGCAGAGGGAGCAGCAUGUGGACAGGGAAGCUGGAUCAGGGAGGCCCACCGCCAGGUGUAUGUGUCCCCUUCUUUCUGCACCUCAGAUUGGGAAGCCUCUUGCGUGGGGUGACAAGUACUUGGGAAAUCUAUGAUUUAGUCGAGAUGAAAUUGUCAUAUCUGGUGGUCCAUAAAGGUUUUUUUUUUUUUUUUCUUUUUUUGGCACUCCUGAUUGGGGGCACGAAUGAUGGAGCCUGGUUUUAGGGGAGGCAUCAGCUGUCUCCCUUGCCUGCUGUGCCCUGCACCCUGCUACCUCGAUCCACGCUCCAACCUUCUGAUACCCUGGUCCCACCCAGUUUUAGUUCCAGGAGAAAUGCUCCCCCCUUCAAGGUUGGGGAAGUUUAGAAGGGGAGGCCUGGGCUUCUAUGAAGCUUGUGAGCACUGAAAGGUCCCUUUCCCCAGCAGUGAGAAGUACAGAGACCCGGUGCAGCUCUGUCCUUCUGACUCGGGUAAUGGACUUGCCAGCGGGUGGACUCCCGUGCAUAGAAACCUAGUGAGAACUUAGAUGGAGGCUGUUUCUUCUCAGUUCCAAAAGUAGAGCUUGCAAAGAAUAGGGCAGGUUUGGAGAUCCAGGAGUGCAGUGCCUUGGGUUACCCCUCGCCCCCCAGUCCUUCCUCCCCAUUGUAGACUCAAGGCACCAAUAGCAUAUGUUUCCUGAAGAGGCAGUUUCAAAAGUUUAGAAGAUGAAAAAAAAAAUCAAUGCAAUGAUGCCAAACAGUAUUGAAUAGAAUAAUUUAUUUCUUUUUGUUCCUUUUUGCAUUUUAUUUUGUUUAAACCAUUAAUAAAUCCCCAUUCUGGAAGAGGUAGGUCUCAGCACCCAUCCCAGAUCUCCUUUUCUGUAAUAUUUAAACAUUUUAAAAUUUGUUUUCUCUUUCUGAAUUAAAACAACAAGAGCC